AUGGCUUCCAAAGCAGUUGCAAUUAUCGCUGGUGUCGGUCCCGGAACGGGCGCAUCUAUUGCUAGGCGUUUUGCCCAAUCCUACAACGUGGUGGUUCUUGGUCGUAACCCUGACAACUACACACCUGUUGUUGAACAGAUUAACUCCAGCGGUGGCCAGGCAGUCGGUAUCAGUACCGAUGUUAGCGACAGCAACAGCGUCAAUGCUGCCUUUGAUCAAAUCGAAAAGAAGUUCCCUGGCUCUCCAGUGGCAGCAGCUAUAUUUAACCCAGGCGGUGGUUUUGUGAGGAAACCUUUCCUGGAAUUGACAGGAGACGAUUUUUCGAAUGCCCUUGAUGGCCAGGCGAAGGGUGGAUUUAAUUUCGCCAAACGUGCCUUGCCACUUCUCCUCAAUGCAAAAGCCUCGGCCGCUCAUCCGCCAACUCUGAUUUUCACAGGUGCCACUGCUAGUGUGAGAGGGUCACCUAACUUUGCUGCGUUUGCAGCGGGCAAGUUUGCACUUCGAGCACUUGCUCAAUCGCUAGCACGUGAAUUCGGGCCCCAAGGUAUUCACGUGUCGCAUGCCAUUAUUGAUGGCGUUAUUGAUAUCCCUCGUACCAAGGCUUGGGUGUUCGAGCACGAAGACGCGAAGCUGAAUCCCGAUGCUAUUGCGGAUUCGUACUGGCAUCUGCAUACCCAGCCACGGACCACGUUUGCUUUUGAGUUGGAUCUGCGCCCUUAUAUUGAAAAGUGGUAG